AUGGAUGAUGUGAGGGUUAAGGAAGUACUAAAAGAAUUUGAAGAUGUGUUCUCUGAAGAGCAUGGGAAAAUCAAGGGUUAUAAAGCACGAAUUCACGUUCGAGAAGAUGCAAACCCUCAACAUUUUUCAGCGCGCAGGGUUCCGUUUCCCUUGAAAAAACGAAUUGAGAAUGAACUUACAAGACUUGUAAAUGAGGAUAUCAUUGAAGAGGUAGAUCCUGCUGCUCCACCUAUUCCCUGGGCUACCCCAACAGUUAAUGUAGAGAAGAAUGAUGGUUCAAUAAGAAUUUGUGGAGAUUUCCGAGUCACUUUGAAUCAAAAUUUGGUUCCAGAAAAUGCAAUUAUUCCGACAUUUGAGGAACUAACAAACAAAGUUGCAGGCGGAAAAGAGUUUUCCAAGAUAGUCCUACGAGAUGCAUACCUACAAGUGGAGGUUGCAGAAGAACAUCGAAAGUAUUUAGUGAUAGCAACGCAUAGUGGAUACUAUAAAUACAAACGUUUACCUUUUGGGAUAUCAUCUAGUCCAGUGGAGAUUGUCGGAGUGGAAGCACACUCAGUUAUGGAGGUCGCUGCUGUAAUAGCAAAUGUUGUUGCUUGA